AUGUCAAAUAACCCCAACGUCGGUGAAAGCAGUUGGAGCACCAGCGUCGGCACCACCACCGCUACCACUAUUGGACGUACCCGACGACCUCACACACACCGAAUGGAGCGCCCAGGCGUGGAUUUCGAUCUCUCAACCACCACCAUAGCCACGAAAAUUGAAGCUGAGGUAGUUAGCACCUCACGCGCUGAGGUACAGUCCUUUAGUCGAAUGCCUAGUCAACGUCGGAGGCGUCUGUGGACGUUGGCAGCGAGAGCUGCCGCGAGGCGAGGGCAUCUAUCGCAGGAUAAGGAGGCGCUCUCCUCUGGCAGUUUAAUGUCAAAAAAUCUCGGUGAGUCGUCCACUCAGAGCUCAAGUUUUCUUAAACCCGGCACUGUGCGUACUCAAGACUCGGGAAUCUCGUCAAUGGACUAUGUGACCAGCCGUGAAGCGAAUAGUCCCAACUCAGAGGAAGCGGGGUCUCGACAGCGAGCGUCACUCUCCAUUACUACGGCUGAGCAAACACCAGGCGUGUGUAGACAGCCACCGCCUCAGCCUUUUACACCGCAUGCUUCUGACGUCUCUCCCAAACCAAAAAGCUGUCGAUGGCCUCCACCUUAUGCUACCACGAUUGUUGUUUCAGGGGAAGGACCAAUGUCAAGAUAUGCCAACUUCUGCAGUACUUAUGUGCCGGAUUGGGCUUGCAGAAACUGGUCAAGUGCUCCCCGACCUCUCAUAUCUCGCCAGCGAAGUAGCAUGGAGGUCUCUUAUGACAUUGGUCCUGAUUGGGCUGCUUCUAUGGAGACGCUUAACAUGCAACGCACCCUCUAUCCUCAAAAUCGGGGCCUCUUCUAUGGGCGCUAUGGGCGCGCAUCCUGUCCUAAAGCUACCAGCUUUUUUGACCACCCUUUUCCAACAAUUUAUAUGGAGGAGGAAAAUGCUGAAAAUGAGGAAGAAAACAAUAGGGAAAGAGUGGAAGCAGAGUCGAUGGCGGUAGCAGUAGUGGAGCAUCUUCGCAGGCGAAGAUUCGAAGCUCCCUGUUGGUGUGAGCGUCCUUCACUGCCACCACCACAUCCAUGCUCGCUGCGUAGUGGAGUCGCUCUACCAGCUUCUCCCUCAGUGAUAAGUCCCUAUUUUUACUGCAGCGGGUGCCCCUACAGAUGCAUGGAGACCGGCCUGAUGCCAGUGCACCAGUGCGACCUCGCGCAACGACAUAUCCGACGACGGCGGUUAAAAAGAAUGUCUUCGGAACCCACACCACCGACAUGGAUGGCGAUAGAGGAGGCUCCGGCACCAGCAAAACGACGUCCGCCACCGCCUGAGCCCCUGACAUCAGUCACGACGCCACCUCCACUGCCGAAAAAGAAUGCUCCACUUGCUCAUUUUUCAUCACUGCGACUACCACUAGCGGUACCACCACCACCAGCGAAAAGGAUGUACUCCGAGGCGAGGAUGAUUACAUCCACACCAAGGACAGAUGUUUUUCUAAUGACACCAGAGCCAUCAACUACGGCAGGAGAGUGGCGUAAGUGGAGGUUAGGCGGAGGGGCAGGUAGACUGAGGCGCGGACGCUCGGUAGACGAGGCGUUCUAUUCGCCGCGAUGGGAACGGCACUCUUCCUUUCUCAGCGACCCGCGGCGUCCUGCAUACAUUUAUGAGGAGGAAGAGGUGAAGGAUUGGUAUCCACCGCAAGGCAGACUGGGAAGUGAAACGGUGUCUGGAUUACACCACCCCUAUCGUCUCCAAUCAACAGGAGGUUCUUAUGUCAUUCGUGAGUUUAUCCAGUCGUAG